AUGAAGACGGGCAAGAGGAAAUGUGAAAUAAUACACGAAAAUUUUAGUGAUGUUAUUAAGAUUAAUAAAGUAACAUACAUUCCAAGGUUUAAAAUAUACACCAGCGAAAAGCAUAUUAACGACCCGGUUGAAUUUGGUAAGAGAAAAAUACAAGCUGCGGGUGGUCUUGUCAAAUUAAGGAAGAUGUUAACAAAAGAAAUGUUUAAAUUUCAUUUUAAUAAAUAA